GGAGAGAUGCAAACCUCAAGUAUGCGGCGCUCUGUGGGGUUCCGGGAAUCCAGAUAUUUCAGGCAUUGGAAUGUCUAUUGGCUAUGUGCUUGAGACAGCAAUCAGCGUGAUUCUAGUCGCUGUAUUCAUCUUCCUGAGUUUUAGGAAAACCGAUCGCCGAAGUCGGUGGAUACGACUCAUUUUGGCAAAUUCCACCAGAGCUUUCUAUGAGAACGCGAUCUUCUUUGCAUCUGGAAUCCAAAUAGCGAGUAUCGUGGUACUUGCUAAGGCUAAUUUUGGAAUCAGUGCGAAUGGAAUGGGUGCUAUUACCAUGAAGAUUACCUGGUCAAUCUCACUCUUGACUUUACUUCCACUAUUACCGUUGAGUUUCGGCAACUUCAUCUUUCGAGAAUCAAACAAUGAACAAGAAGAUUCCAUCGAAAAUAUUCGGACCUCUUCAAGCGAAAGUGGAACCAAAGCUAGGGAGAAUUCAGGUCAUGUCGUUCUCGCAAAUAAGAAUGAAGAGGAUGCGCAAGAUCGGCGGCGCUUCUUUCUGUAUGUCUUAUGCUGGAUGCUGUCUGUUUUCCCCUUUUUAUCGCGAAUGGUUGGAACCUUUGGCCAUAGCCAGAUAGGAUCAGGAUCAGGCACAGUGGUCUCAACAACUGACUGGGCUCUAAUUGAGCACGAAUGCUUCAAGGGCGUCGACUCCCUACAGCCGUCACAAGAAACGGCCAUGUCCGCGUUCGGUAUCGGUAGCUGGCUUUUCCUAUCUUUGACUGUAAUAUGGAAGAUUUUCCUCUCUGGCAUUCAACGACAGCAUCCGAAUUCAAGGCUUGCGCGUCGGCUUCGACAUGAGACUCUGUUUCUCGAUACAUAUCGGCCAUCAGAGUCAUGGCUGUGGAUGUGUCUGUGCAUUGUCACACCCUUACUGUCCGUAUUCCAGAUGUGGACAUUCUUUCGCCUCCAGAGAUUGCAAACACAGAUGACGAAAGCUUCCGGGGGCGAAGAUCCAGAUACGGACUGGACAUUUGGACAGAUUGUUGCUGUGAUUAUGUUUACGCCGGUGUUAGUAGAAGUCGGAUUCGUGAUGAGGAAUAGAAAGAUAUUUGACAAAGUCAUUCGCGGAGAAGAUACGUAGAAUAACGGAUUACGAUUCAAAGUGAACGGCAGCACAUGUAUCCACAGGCAUUGGAAGCGAACAUAUAAUUACAUCCCAUGCAGUC